AAGAAGCACCGGAAGGGAUGGUGUGAAAACAACAACAAGCUGGCUCAGCCGGCUGCGCCUCGACUCAAUGAAGAACUGAAACUUUUCCUACAGCUACAAACGGACCGCUAGGAUUUCUAGUUUGUGUAGCCUACUGUACAAUAUCGAUCCACAUUGUCAGGUUAAGGAUUGCCAAUUGUUUUCGGUGCCUCUGCGUGGUAGCGUUAGCUAACGUCACCAAAACACACUAAGAGCUAGCUUCACUGUCGUGUAUCAGUCGACUUUCAGAAGCUUUUCAUGACAGCGCCAGUAUUUGGAAAUUCACAUGCGUAACGAUUGCACUGUGUCUGGUUAUUGAAAGCUUAUGGAGUCAUCAGAGUGCUAAUUGGUGUCUGCUGACGCACCGGUAUACCAUUCACCCGCUCAUUGGACCGGCGCACAAUGCUCCCACAGCUGCUUUCACCUGUCAAUUAGCUGGCUGGCUCUUCAAGUGCGCGUCUUGCUGUCCCCAAUGGCCCAGUGUAGCUCCGACACGGCCGGAAAAGUUCCGCCGUCAGGGUCCGGCGGCAGUCCAGGUGCCAUGGCGUCGCAGCAGCAGCAGCAGCAGAGUGUGGACCAGAGCAUGAAGCCGGUGCUAUUCGAGAUCUUCGGGGAGCUGUGGAACGUGGAGCAGCGGCUGGGCCAGGGAGUGUCGGCCUCGGUGUACCAGGUGAGCUCCGGCAGAGCCACCACCGCGGCCGUCAAGGAGUUCCAGGCCGACGGACAGGGAGGAGACUACGGGUAUCAGAAGGAGAGGUCCGUGCUGGAAGACAUACAGGGACGCAAGAACAUUGUGACUCUGUAUGGCGUGUUCACCAAUCACAGUUGUGUAGGGGUGCCCACACACUGUCUUCUGCUAGAGCUCUUGGAUGUAAGUGUCUCUGAGCUGUUGGUGAGGGGCAGCACCCAGGCCAUUAUCUCUAGCACCGAAGGCGGCAGUGGAAGUGUUAGGCCCAGACAAGGCCACUCCAUGUGGAUGGUGCAGCACUGUGCACGGGACGUCCUGGAUGCCCUUGCCUUCCUGCACGGCGAGGGCUACGUGCAUGCAGACCUCAAGCCACGCAACAUCCUUUGGAGCGCAGAUGACGAGUGCUUCAAACUCAUCGACUUUGGACUGAGCUUUAAAGACGGACACCAGGACGUAAAGUACAUCCAGACGGACGGCUACCGCGCCCCGGAGGCAGAGCUCCAGAACAGCCUGGCCCGGGCCGGGCUGGAGGCCGAGGGGGACUCGGGCUGCUCCACGGCCGUGGACAUGUGGAGUCUGGGCAUCGUGCUCCUGGAGAUGUACUCUGGGAUGAAACUCAAAGAGACUAUCCACUCUCCAGAGUGGGAGGAAAACAAUGCAGCCAUUGUAGACCAUAUCUUUGCCAGCAAGACAAUGGCGUGGCCUGCCAUCCCCAUCUAUCACCUCAGAGACCUUAUCAAAAGUAUGCUUUGCAAAGACCCAAAGGACCGGGUCACUGCUGAAGCCGCCCUGCUGAAUUCGUUUUUCAGCAUUCCCUUUGCUCCUCACGUUGAAGACCUGGUUCUUCUGCCGUCUCCCGUCCUGCGCCUCCUCAACCUCAUCGACGACACACAACUGCACAAUGAGGACGAGUACGAGGGGUUUUGUUUGGCAGAUAUCUUGGAGGACAUGAAGGAGGAGUGCCAGAAGUAUGGUUCGGUGGUCUCCGUGCUGAUCCCCAAGGAGAACCCGGGAAAAGGACAGGUCUUUGUGGAGUACACAAACUCCACCGAGUCCAAAGAAGCCCAGAGAAUGCUCACCGGUCGCACCUUUGACUGCAAGUUUGUGGUGGCCACCUUCUACCCGCGCAGCUCCUACAAGAGGGGCUACCUUUACCAGUGCAGCCACUGAGUGCCUGCUCCCCCAAAGGUCACCUACUCCGCCAUGACUGUGUGAAACAUGUGGUGUCUUCAUGUUAAAUUGUCCUUAAUUGUAUUCCAUGCUCAGUAAAAUGGAUGCGAGAAGCAUAGUUAACGUCCUCCGAGAUUCCCUGUGUUUAGACUUUCCCCAUAUUUAAAGCCCCCACUAGAACCUAGUGCAACCUACUGGAGAGGCGUUGCACAGUAGGGAGGGCUCGUCAUCCGUCCAGUACUUCUGUGACGACACAAUUAUCCGUAGAAGUUUAUAACAUUAGAUGUUAUCAAUCUCUGAUAAAAAAAUCAAUGGAGGCGUUGGAGGAUGAUGCAGGUAUAUGCAGGCUUGUGUAUCAAACAUGACCCUAGGAUCUGACUUGGAGCUGCGGUCAAUGCCAGAGUCUGUUUGCUGUAGUUGAGCACUUGUGUAUGAAUGUGUUGGUGUAAUUUAAUAUUUAUGGUUGGAGGGCUGAAUUGGCCUCAGUCAUUGCUCGUUCGAUUGUCAUUCUCCUGGUGUGUUCGCUAGCCUUGUGCUUAAAGUGGGAAUUUUGCAGUGAGUAUGGGCUUGCGCUUAUGUUGUGAAUUCAAGCAUUUGGGUUUCAAUUUUGGUAUUUUGUCACCUUAAAUGACCACAUGGUUAAAGUACAGCGUAUUGGUCUUUACUGACUGUGGGACAAAGUACCUAAUGGGUAUACCAAACCUGAGCCAAAGAAUCAAAGCAAUAUUCUUGUAUUGAAACACACUGCUGAUAAAGUUCCCAAAACUAAAGCUAAUGUUCCUUGGGAUGGUUGGAUUGCAUUUUAUGCCGUUCAGAAACGGGAGUUCUUUAUUUUUCCCAUCUCUCAGAUAACCAAAAAUGGACAACCUCUCUAGAAUAUUAUACUCUCCCUGGUGGCUGUAUUGGGGCCUACAGAUGAUUUUACUGAAGCACACGACGAUGACUAAAACUGACUUUCUUUGUCAAGAAAUAAUCUUAAUAUCGCCACCUUGAGUAUGUCACCAUAAAGUCUGGAUGGCCGAUUCAAAAGAAACAUGAGUGUUUUCCAUUAAUAAAUAAUGCAUUCCAUCAGCGUCUUUCAACCUGCUAUUUUCUUUCUCUGAGUGAUUGCUCGCCCAGGGCAACAAUCAGUGAGCUGCAUAAGUGCCCUCUGAGUCCCAAAAAGCCAGCUAUCUAACCAAAACUACUGCUGCCAGUAGUUGCCCUGUACUUGGAGGGGUUUUGUAGCCAAGUCAUGCAUCAAAUACCCUUCUGAAAAUGAUUCCCUCCUUUGAUGGCUAUUGUAAUACUCUGUAUUGAACACUUUUGUGUUUACUGCAGGGGAAAAAAAGGAUCUAUUGUAGCUUGCUUUUCUUAAAGUACCACAUUUCUUUCAAGCAUGUGAAAAGGUUAGGAAUCAUCCCAUAAACUGAUCCAUGUUUGAAGGCUUGACUUGGUACAGAGCUUUAGUUGGAUUUGAGCUUAACCACUUGACCAGCAUUUUCUUUAGGCAUCUGUGGUGCAUGGGUCUGAAAAGUGUCUUAUGUCCCGUAGUUUUUCCUGCCAUGUUAUCAACCCAAUUCAACGGAAGUGUCAGGGUUAAUGUGUUAACCAGCUGCUAAAACAGUCACUGAAAAUGUACUAAAACUCUAAUGUGGAUACUAUCUUGAUUCAAGGCAAACCUCUUGUCUAUUACUUGUAUCCCUGAAAUGAAUGGGCCCUUGUUCUGUUUUCGGUCACCUUUGUAUCUACUAUCAUUGACACAGUUUAAUUUGCCAUUUGCAAGACUGUUUUAUAUUCGCCUCUGGAUGAUCUGAUAACGGCAGAUGAGUUGGAUGGGGAAGGGGAAUUAAUGACCAAGUAAAAAAUUGGGUAAGGGUGACGGUCUGGCAGUCGGGUUGGCAUGUCAAGUGUAUUAUAAUUGUCUCUGAUUGGCCUAAAUGUGUUACUUUCUCUUUGCAAAACUUUGCAGCAACACAUAACCUGAAUUGCUUUAGGUCUUUCUCACACUCCCAAGCUUAUUUUUUUUAAAUUCUUCUCCAGCCAUUAGAUGUUUGUUUUGAGUGGUUGCACCUUUCACAUUUGUUAAUUGCAUCUGACCUCAUACCGUUUUCAACAUUGAUGUAACAGUGAUUUUGUGUGUGUGAUUGGUUUAAAUGUAAGCUUUGAAAAAGUGUGAGGCGGUUGUGUGAUUUCAAAUAGGAGCUGAAUAAUCGAUACGAGUUGUACAGUUCCUGGACAUUCGUAUUUGGGAAUAGCAAGCUAUGUCCUUGUACAAGAAGCACACUGCACAAAUGGAGUGAAGUCAUUUGGCAAAAAUGAAUUGCAAAAGGGCACCAUAAUGUAUAUUAUUGUGAAAGUUUAUUUUUGUUCCUCAACAGAGCAAUGGCUCUUUUCAUUUAUACCACUACUUAAACAUGCAACAUCCUUAAGUGAGUUUUCAGUAGGGCCCCAAGAUGAUUCGUUUUCCUAAUCAGGACUUGGUUCAGAAUGUUUCAUGUAAUGCCACCUGGUUGAUGCCCAUUUCCACUGAAUGCUUUUGGAAAAGCAUAAAUGUUUACUCUUUGCACAAACUCGACCAAGGGGUACUCUCACACUGCCGAAUUAUCUGUGGCUGUUUAAUGUAUGCAACCUGACCUGUUUGCACACUAAACACUCAAUGGGUUAUAUCCAACCAAAAACCUGGCUAAUCCCAUCCUGUUAUUGUGACGGCAUGAAAUUGGAAUGUCAAUGGUUGUCGUUUUGUGCCCUUUUUUAACAUUUGCAAUCAAGGGUCUUGUAAUAUUCUGGUCAACAUGCAAUCCUUAUUCUCCAUUGCACCCAGAUAAUACAAAUUGGGUGGAAAAUGAGCCAGACUGUGUUGCUAGUUACAAUAUCUUCCAGACCUUAUACACCAAUUAAUAGAUUAAAGAUGAGCUUCUUUGAAAUGAGUCUCAUUAUGGCCCCCUAUUUUUCUUUUAUCGUUAAAUAUGAUUAACCCUGGUUCUGGAUGUGCAACGUGGAACGAAACCAAAGCAGAGGAGUUAUCUGACGGUGUGGGAAAUGUUAUUGUGUACGAGGCAUGUGGUGAUAUGGGCCCGUGACUACCACUCCUGUAAAUCAACCCUGGUUCAGUUUUCACAACAAUGCUCCGUCAUGCUGUUGGGCUUAUUACUAUUGCACAAUAAAGUUAUACUUUACACCCAUC